AUGACUAUGCCAGAGUCAAUCAAAUACGUCGACGCCAAGGCUCGAGUAGUGCGAGCAUUGGCCACCAUCACGAGGUUCACAAAGGCAACAAAUGAGUAUCUCGCCGAACAAACCAGUACCAGCAAACGGGCAAAGGUAGAAACCAUGCUCUUAGAACUGAACAGUCUGCGUGCCCGAGUCGAAAAAGACAUUCAAAUCAUGGAAACUGCAGUGGGAUCUAAAACAGCGCCUAUCGACGUCACUGAUAAUUCUUGUAGCACUUCGCUAAGUGAUUCAUUCGACCAACUCUAUUAUGAUCUUAUAGCUAUGGCUCACAUACAUAAUAUUCCAUUGGCUAAACAAGUCGAAAUCACGCAAACGUUCAGUAACCAGACCACUCAAUCCGGGAAUUCGUCGUUGUACCAACUGCCUAAACGCAAGUUUCCCACCUUUUCCGGAAGUCUAAAAGAGUGGCAAGGUUUCGAUGAUUUGUUUAACUCAAUACUGUCUCAUUCACCAGAACUUCAAGAUGUUGAGAAAUUUGAGUUUCUAAAAACAGCGCUAGAAGGAGAAGCUCUUUCCCUUAUAGCGCAUCUUGCGUUGACCUCAGCCAAUUAUCAAAGUGCAUGGACGAUCUUGCGAAGCAGGUACGGGAACAAACGUGAUUUAGCACGUAUCCAUUUAGACGCACUAUUGGUGCCUCAAAAGGUUACUUUUACCAAUGCCGGCUCAAUCAAACACAUAAUCAACAUCAUUCAAGAACAUACUGCCGCAUUAGACAACUUAAAUUUUGUCACUCGCCAGUGGGGGCCAAUUUUGGUUCACAUAUUCGAACAACACCUGGAUUAUGAGUUGCGGUCUCGCUGGGAGUUACGGGUUGGCGAAAAUCAUGCUCCCACGGUAAACGAAUUUGUGGACUUCCUAAAAAAUCAUAUCCGAUCGGCAGAAGUUCAUCCGUCUGGUUCUACAUCAACAAGUAAUGCCAUGAAACCAUCCUUCAAAAACCCCAGUUCAAGAACUAACCAUCGUCAAUCGACCAGAGUUCUAACUACAACUGUUGCACAGACGCCCAGCACCAAAUGUGCAUUAUGCAAAGCGGUCCAUUCAAUACGUCAAUGCCCAACGUUUCUUAAGGACUCUCCUACUGAACGGUUUCAAGUAACAAAGUCGUUAAAUCUCUGCAUAAAUUGUUUAGGCGCUGGUCACUCGUCAACAUCAUGUCCCUCAAAAAACACGUGUAAAUCCUGUCGGAAACAUCAUCACUCACUACUUCAUUUCCACGAAAAGAUGCCAUCAAGUGACGAUACUGUUCCGCCAACCUCAAUGGUAGCGACACAUCCUCGACCACGAUCUGUUCUACUAUCAACCUUACUGGUCAAUAUCUCGUCGAUAAACAAGGAAACCUAUACUUUCCGAGCACUAUUGGACACCGGAUCCCAGGUCAGCUUUAUAACAAAAAAUUGUGCUGAUCGCCUGUCACUAACUCAACGCCGCUGUUCGUCUAAAGUAAACACUUUCUCCGGGACGUCAGUAAACGCAGUGUCUGGCAAAAUAUCAAUCGAGCUGGUACCAGUGGGUAAAACUGAGCCCCGCAUCUCGCUCGAUGUCUUUGUGGUUAACAAAAUUACCGAUGCAACACCGCAGUCAAGUCUUUCGUUCACUUCAUGGUCUCACAUCAGCAACUUGGAAUUAGCAGAUCCGACGUUUCAUCUAUCUGGUCCAGUUGACAUCUUAUUAGGAGCUGAUGUCGCACCAACCAUACUGACUGGCACCCGCGUCGCAGGGCAUCCAUCAGAACCAACAGCCUUUGGUACCAUAUUUGGAUGGAUUUUGAUGGGACCAAUAUCACAAACAUCCAACAAACCAGCUACCUCAUUGUUAGUGACCACAACCGAAACACUAGAACAAUCGCUAACACGGUUUUGGGAGAUGGAGGAGGCACCAAAGGUACAACACCUUAGUCCUGACGAAGUUCAGGCGGAAACCAUCUUUACAUCUUCAAUAAAACGCCUAGCCUCUGGACGGUUCAGUGUUGCCAUACCAUUCAAACAUCCGCGUCCAUUACUUGGAGAUUCCAAAAGUGGAGCGCUUAGAAGAUUUCAUGCUCUCGAACGGCGUCUGUCUCAAGAUCCAAAUUUGGGCAGUCAAUACGCAGAUUUUAUGCGAGAUUACUUAGAAAGUAAACACAUGGAAGUGGUUCCUGCAAGCAAUAAAAUUAUUCCGUAUUGCUAUUAUAUACCGCAUCAUUGUAUCCUUCGUCCGGAAAGUCAAACUACAAAACUUCGUGUAGUUUUCGACGCCUCAGCUCGAACUACAACUGGGCAGUCAUUGAAUUCCAGCGUGUACACAGGGCAGAAGUUACAGCAGGAGAUGAUACAAAUUUUGAUUCGAGCUCGAGUAAAUAAAUUUGUAUUCACUGCAGAUGUUAAGCAGAUGUAUCGACAAAUCCAAAUCCAUCCAACCGACCGAGACUAUUUGCGCAUUCUUUGGCGCUUUAAAUCAGACUCACCAAUCCAAGAAUAUCGCCUGUGUACAGUCACAUAUGGAACCUCGUGUGCUCCUCACCAAGCCUUGCGUACGAUGCAGUACCUGGCGACAAUGGAAGAGUCAAACUUUCCAAUUGCUGCUAACGUGCUGAAGAACGACAUGUUUGUUGACGACAUUCUUACCGGCGCCCAGUCAGAAGAAGACACACUUUUCUGUCAACAACAGGUGAUUGCUCUGUGUGCUCAAGGGAAAUUCCAACUGAGAAAAUGGGCUAGUAAUCUACCCAGCGUCUUGAAAGCUGUGCCCGCCACUGAUUGUUCCAUGGAUCCCGCGGUAUUGUUUGACGACGACGGACAAGCAACACUCAAGAUCCUCGGCAUGCAUUGGAACCCUAAGCAGGACUAUUUUUCAUACAAUUAUCAUAGUCCGAGCCUUACGACCACAAAACGUUCGAUUCUAUCAGAUAUGGCACGUAUCUUCGACCCAUUAGGUUUCUUGGCACCUGUUAUUUUCCUGGCCAAAUAUGUAAUGCAACUAUUAUGGACGUCCGGAAUUGGAUGGGACGAUCCCGUUCCCGAGCAAAUACUAAUGAUGUGGAAACGGUAUCAACAAGAGCUUAAGUGCAUACAGACAUUGACUAUCCCUCGUCGGAUCACGUCGGAUGGACAUCCAUCGUAUGAGUUACAUACUUUUUCCGAUAGCUCCGAAAAGGGAUAUGCCGCUGCAGUUUAUCUACGGUGUAACAAUGGUUCCAUGGUCCAAUGCUACCUCAUCACGGCAAAAUCGAAGGUAGCCCCCUUAAACGCGUCACCAUUCCACGUUUGGAACUCUGCGGCGCCCUACUCGCCGCAAGACUGUUGCGCUCAGUACAUGACAUUCUUGUCUCCAUCAUCCACAUCACUGCAAUGCAUGCUUGGACCGAUUCAACCACAGCUCUAG